CGCGCCCAAUUACCUUUGCACCGGAAGCUGUAGAAUCAUUGUCCGCACUCCGCAUUGCACGCGCAGCCACGCGACAUGGCACCUCGCAGUCGGCGUAGCGCGGCCGCUGCGACUGAAGCUGUCCAAGAGGGGGAAAAGGACCAGGAGCUGGAGCAAGAGCAGGAAGAAGAGGAGCAGCAGCAGCAGCAUGGCCUCAAGAAGCUCCGGUUCAACCAGCCGCUCGUCGGCCGCCCAGGCAAGCAGAUGGGCGUCAGCGACCUGUUGACGCGACUCAAGGCGCUGCACGACGAACUGCGCACCGUCGACCAGGAAGAGGCGCAUCGCGAGUCUCUUAUGCCCGUCGCCGAGUCCCUUGCUCACCAGAGCCUCCUCCAGCACAAGGACAAUGGCGUGCGCGCGUGGGCCGUGUGCUCCAUCGUCGACAUGCUCAAGCUGUUUGCGCCAGAUGCGCCCUAUCCUGCCUCCAAGCUCAAGGAAAUCUUCUCCGUCAUCAUUCACAAGCUUCUCCCCCUCCUCGCCGACCCCUCACACCCCUACAACAGCCAGCACAUGUACAUACUACGCUCGCUUGCUGAAUGGAAGAGUAUCCUCCUCAUCAACGAGAUUCCGGGCUCCGACAAGCUCACCUCUGCCCUCUUCACCACCUGCUUCGAUGUGCUGGCCGGCCCAUCCAAGGGCGAGGACCUGAGCAAGAACAUCGAGCACAACAUGACCGAAGUGCUCUCCACCAUAAUAGACGAAGCCCCAUCAGUCCCACACGAUGUCGUCGACGUCAUAGUCGCCCAGUUCCUCUGGGCUGACCCCAUCACACUCGGCACCUCCAAGGGCAAGAAGAACGUCCAAGUUGACGCAAAGCAGUCUACGCUGCGCCGUAAAGAAGCGCCGCCUGCAUACAACAUGGCCAAGAAUGUCUGCAAUUCGUUUCCAGAGAAGAUGGCUCGUCUGAUUGGCACAUACUUUAGCUCAGUCAUAGUCGACUUCACCAACUUGGGAACAACGUACAAAAGUCAUGCCAAGGACGACGGCGAUGAUGACCUCCCAAAGGGACCUUCAGAAGAGGACUUGAACGAGGCACACAAAGCACACCGCCUGCUGCGCGAGCUGUGGAAGUGCUGCCCCGGUGUCCUACAGGAGAUUAUUCCACGCUUGCAAGACGAGCUCGCCACGGAGAGCGUGCAGCUUCGUCAGCUUGCGACCGAGACCUUCGGCGACAUGAUCUCGGGUAUUGGCGCUGCUGGCCCUCCCCCUCUACCCGACCUGGAUCCAGUAGCAUACCCAUCACAGAGUUUGUCGCGAACCGAGUCUACACGACCCUUUGAUUAUCUCACCACCCCUGUUUCCAUCAACUCCUUCCCUACGCAGUAUCCUGUCGCAUACCAUUCAUUCCUGCAGCGCAAGAACGACAAAUCGGCUGUCAUUCGUGCUUCUUGGACUACCGGUAUCGGUCGCAUAUUGAUGACAUCAGCGGGUGGUAUUGGCCUUGACCCGGAAGAAGAACAGAAGUUGCUCAAGUAUUUCGCCGAAUGCUUGAUUGACAGCGAUGAGAAGGUUCGACUAGCAGCGGUCAAAGCAGUCGCGCACUUUGAGUUCAACGACAUCGUUCGCAAGCUUGGCAGCAAUGGCGGCAUGGCAGAACCUGGAUCUAUUCUCUCUAAUCUCGCUGACCGCGUCAAAGACAAGAAGAACGUCAUUCAUUCCGAGUCUAUGAGGCUUCUCGGUAGGAUAUGGGGAGUGGCUGAAGGCGCUAUUGCCGAAGGCGACGAGAUCGUCAAGUCACUUCUGGGGCCGAUUCCAUCGCGUAUUCUCGAAGCCUGCUACGUAAACGACCUUGAAAUUAACGUUCAGGUCGACUUGGCACUGUACGAAUCGCUGCUUCCUCUGGCAUAUCCUCCUAUGAAAGCCAAGGCGGCACCUGCUGGAAACUCGCAGGUCGUCAAAGACAGCCAAGCAGCUAGCGAACAGACUUAUACAGAAGCAGACCUAGACAAGAUCCGCACUGAGAGGCAACUCGUCCUUGUAAACGGGUUGGGAGAAAAGGCCAAAAAGGUCUUUUUUGCCAAACAAGGAAAUCAAGGUCCUGGUGCCAAAUACAUGGAGCAUUUCCUCAAACUCUGUGAAGAAUACAACGGCGGCGUCACUGACAAGAGCGGAAAGGAUGUCACAACCAAUCUCGAAGGUCUCAUCACUUACUACGCGAAGACACUCCCCGAUCCAACUAAGGUUAGGGACGAUCUAUGGAAGUUUGCCAAAGCUCACGACCGCCGUGCCUACGCCCUCAUGCGCUUUUGCAUGGAUCCGGCGAGCGACUACCGCAAGGUCUACAGAUCUAUUAAGGAGCUUAGGAAGAGGAUCGAGGAUGGACCAGGUGCUUCUCUGCUUGAUACCUUGACCCCACUGCUGUAUCGUGUCAGCUUGUUGUGUUACAACAAGAGUCAUGUUCCAGCGGUCAUCGAAUUCACUCGCACCGACAACAAGGGCCUGGGUGCUACUGCCCAUGAGCUUCUCAAGGAGAUCUCCACAAAGCACCCCAAGGUCUUUUCCACGCACGUCAAGGAUUUGUGCAAGACACUCGAGAGCGAAGCGCCCACGGCAACCAAGCCCAAUCCACCCGGCGCAGUGGAUGACCUCAAGGCUUGUGCUGCAUUUGCAAAGAAGUUUCCCACUGACAUUCCAAUGAACGGCAAGGACAGCCGGAAAUUAGUCCAGAGUUUCUUGAACUUUGCAUUCUAUGGUACACCUCCACAAGCAGCCAAGCAUGCAAUCACCAUCAUCAUGAACAGCGACGACAAAAAGGAAAUGCACGCAAGGGAAAUCCUCUCAAAGAGCAUCAACGGGUUCGAAUAUGGUGGUGCCCACUGGCUCACAAAGCUUGCUGCGCUCAGUCAACUAGUCUUAUUGGCACAGUCGGAUUGUGAAGACGACAUGGAUGCUGUGAUUGAAGUGGCCAUCCAAGAGGUCUUGCAAAAACCACACGCCACUGACGCUGACGCUGACACUGAAUGGAUUGAAAUCCCUGACAACGAUAUCCAAGGACGAUCUUGGGCUAUCAAAAUCCUUGUCAAUCGGCUACGCUCUUUGCCUGCGGAGGCAACCUCCAAGGAAGCUGUUCAGGAUACCUACACAUUAUUGAAUCGCUAUGUCAAGAACAAUGGCGAAGGUUCGACUGAGGAUAACACCCCGGCCGCACAUAAGUCGCGCCAACGGCUUCUGGCAGCAAAUUCGUUGCUCAAGCUUUCUUGCCAUAAGCGACUCGACCCCUUCUUGACCUCUGCAGACUUCAUUCAGCUGGCUCUUGUGACGCACGAUCCCUGCACGCAGGUGCGCAAAGGGUUUGCUGACAAGUUGAUGAAGUACCUUGGUCAAGGUCGUCUUCCCCCUCGCUUUUACACAAUUCUCUUCUUCCUGGCACACGAGCCGGACAAGAAUAUCAAGAACAGCACCAUGACCUGGAUUCGUGCACGCCGCGCUGCCUUUGCUGCACGGAAAGAAACCGUGCUAGAAUCAGUGUUUGCGCGCCUCUUGAGUUUACUCGCUCACCAUCCCGAUUUCGAUCGAGACGAUGAGACGCUGAAGCUAAUGUCAGAGUACAUACUGUAUUAUCUGAAGUGUGUAGCAACAGAGGAGAACUUGCCCCUAAUUUUCCACGUGGCUCAACGCGUCAAGGGGGUUGCGGAUGGCAUUGCGCCCUCGCAGCAGGCUGAUGAGAACCUCUAUGUCUUGUCUGACUUGGCACAAGCUCUGAUCCGCUCAUGGGAAGAGCAGAACAACUGGACCAUGCAGCUAUAUCCAGGAAAGAUGAAACUCCCAUCGGGAAUCUUCCGACCUCUCGAGAGCCAUGAGCGAGCGCAGGAAAUUGCCAUGAAAACGUGGAUUGGAGAAGAUUUGGUCGAUGAGCUUGACCCGCUUGUACGCAAAACCAUCCGGAAUAAGAAACGGAAAGCUUCUGAAGGCGCCGAGAAGUCACGCAAGAAAGCCAAGGGGGACAGGCCUAUCAAAGAGAAGAAGGCCAAGGCAGACCGGCCUGUGAAGACACCCAAGAAGAAGAGGCGAACUGGUGAUGAUGAUGACGUAAGCGAUGUUGAUGGCGGCAUCGUUCCGUCAAGUGGGCCCCGGAGAAAGAGCGACCGGCGGAGCAAUGUGCACAAGAGCUACGUUGAAGUAUCGAGUGACCAAGAAGAAGAGGAAGCCGGCACUGAAGAGGCCGACGAAGAUGAGGCUGAUGCUUCUGACGACGAGGCUGAAGAUAGGUCGAGCCCCGCCCCUGAGCAGGAUGUGGAGAUGGUUGAUGCGGAGGCAUCAGCUGAGAAAGAAACUGCUGAAGCAUCCGAACUCUCAAACCCGGAGCCUUCUUCAGAGGCGGAGCCUGAACCUGCGCCGACCAGGAAAUCAGCAAGAGGCAAGGCUGCGAACAAGACAAACGGCGCAAAGUCUUCGCCUGUCCAAAAGCGCAAGGCUGCCGAGCCGGUCAAAGAAGCUACACCACCCAAGUCUGCAAAGAGUGCAGCCAAAGCCAGAGCGACAAGAGCGAAGGCAAAUGGCACCGAGGCGGCGGUGACGUCAAGUCCCACUACCAACGGCACUACCAUGGUCCGGCGCAGUGGUCGCGCUCGUGGCUAAGAUGCAGAUACACCCAUGUCGUUUAGUCUCGGCCAUGGCUACGACUUCUCAUGCCCGACGCAAAAUCGCGUCUUGAGAUCGGCGUUUGUUUCACUUUGUUGCAAGAUACCAUAGCUGUGUCAAUCCAGCAUAUUCAUCUGAGGAGAAGAGGUAGUUUGGGACUUUGUUUAGCUGGGCGUUCUCGGAAAUAGGUGCUCUUGUAUUAGCCGGGCAUCCACUGAGAACGGAGUAUGGGUUCACUAUACCAUGCAAGUGUUUAGUUAUUCUUGUUGCACGUACGAUUUGCCAGUUGUCCAGGUAGCAAAGUUGAUGUGGCAAAAGGAAAAAGUGAGCAGGUGGUCUGGGUUCGUUCAUACCAUGUCAUGAGAAAUUUUUUAUUACAUAUGCUACCAAGGCGGCGAACUGGUGGUGCGAGGAGGUCAGUGUAGGAUAGCGUUUUAUAUAUGGUUUUUGCGUU